ACUAUUAUUUUGUCGACUUUCACAACAAAGAAAUAAUUUCUUUUAAUAAAGACUCUUCAUUCUUAGGAGAUCAAGAGAGCCCUAUACCUUGGAUCUUAGUCGUUCCAAUCAUCCAACAACAAUGCUAGUCAUAUGUUAAAGGUUCCAUAAAUUUCCUUGGAAGCAUAAGUCAUUAAAAGAGUUUGGUUCUCAGAGGUUUAGUGUACAUGAAAAGAAAUGAAGAACUGAACGUKACAGAACUAUGAUCCCUUCUUGGAGGAAACAUAACAUUGUUGAAACUGAAGAAGAAGUUGCUAGGAACAGAGAAAUCAAGAAUAGAAUCAUCAAUGAGCUGUCAAUCACUGUCAAAGAAAUGUCCAAUUUCUAUAAUCUGCUUGGGAAGAUUUCUUCAGAAUCCAUGCCAUCACAUUCUUUUUGGAGUUUCCUUGUCCAUUUCACCCAUAAAGACAUUACGCAGGAGCUACAGCACCUAUCACAUAUAACCACACCCAUUGGUCAAUGCAGGGCAUGGGUGCGUCUGGCYUUGAAUGACUGUCUGAUGGAAAGUUAUCUUGAUGCAAUGCUGUCAGACACCAAGAAAAUACAGAUGUACUACAAGCCAGUUGCAUUCAUGCUAGAGGAAGAGUUACCAUAUAUAAUGAUCAGCUUCUUGCAAGGAAUAACUGAAUUCAAGUUUAAUUUUAAUUAUAACACACCAAGCUUGAAUACCUGGACAGGUGAUACCCUUGCCCUGGCAGGAAUAUGGCAGCUACCUCAUUAUGCCAUUCACUCCCCCCAACCAGUAACUACCUCAGCAUUAGAGACACAUGGAGCUACAAGCAGUCAGCCACCAUCGAGUUCUACACAUGUACAAAAACCAGUAGCCAUUCCACAUAAAAGGUCUAUCAGUGAUGAGAUAGAAGUUGCCAGGAGUGUACAUGAAGGUGCGGAAGGAGAACAUGUUGUAAUUGGUGAAGAAAAUCCUGUUGAAAGAAGGGUGAUAAUUGACGAACCCCACAUUGAGCCUGAGGAUGAAACAGAUAUGAUUGAAGAAAAGCCUUUUUCUACUGAGGAGAUAUCACAUCAUACAGCUGAUGACAACAAAGAUCAAAUACCAAURCCAGAGGCUGAUAGGUCAACAGCGAUCAGUCCAGUUCCCAUGAUGGGCAGCAAUAAGCUAGGAGUCAGCACUGGAUGGUCAUCAGCCUUUGAUACAAAUACCAUACCUAGUACUAAUACACCUAAGGAACCAGAAACUCCUGAAGAAAAUAAGACCAAUGAACAAUCAGCUCCUCCUGAAGACAGCAAGCUGCAACAUGUACAAUCAACUACUGGUAUGCCCAGUUAUACUAACCUGCUGAGCAGUUAUACCGUACAGGGACAAGCAAAUUUUGAUACUUCUGUGUAUGAUGAAGAAGAUGGAGGGAAGAAAACUACAGAGAAGAUUCCCAUCCCAAGGCCCAUCAGUCCAGACCAGACAGAACCACAAAUGCCAGGAUUUGAAGUGGUACCACACAGUUCAUCUGUACAUUCAGAACAUGCUGAUCUGUGUUGUCAAAAGGGUUUUAUCUGUGAAUUCUGUAAUGAUCCAAAAAUUAUUUAUCCAUUUCAAGUCAAUACUACAACACAGUGUCCUGAAUGCAAAGCCGUCUACCACAAACAAUGCAUUGCAGAUAGAAACUGUCCAAAAUGUGCACGAAGACUUAAAAAGAAGGCUGCAACAGCAUUAGAAUCUACAGCCUUAGAGUUUAAUUCUCCUUGGUAACCAUACCAUGACAACAGCCCGUAAGGUUAAGCAAGCCGAGCCAGUUUUUCAGCCUUCUUGUUGGUUGACAUGUCAAGAGGUAGAGAGUUUUCAUAAAAUAACUUAGGAAAAGCUCAUACAGAGCUAAAGUAAAAUGGCUACAAGUUCUAUUGAGAUAAGUAAACCCUAUUUUGAAAUUUAAAUUAAAAACUAAGUAUUUAAAUAAUAGAAUUUAAAAGUUUAAAUUUGAUAAUAAAUUUCAAUAAAACGAAUGAAAGCAUAGCUAUUAUACAAGUGUUCACAUUUUAUAUUCGCGCGAUCAGCAGAACAGACUCAAAAAAAAUUACUAAGAAGUGCAUGGUUGCCGGUGAACAAAGUAAUCCAUACAUUCCUUAUUGAACUUUUUAGUUUCUGAAUGGCUUUGUAAAAUAACUGUUAUAAAUCUCCCGUUCUGAUUGGUUUGGAGCGCGUGCUUUAUGAGAGUACACAGCACGUGCUCGCACUUUCAGUUCAGAAAUUCCUAGCAAAACACAACUUGCUUGCCGUGCUGUUUCCAGUUAUAAAGCACUUGGCAAAUGGCAUAACACUCGAGAAGUGUCGAGAAGCACUCCGCUACGCGUCAUGCUUCUCCUAACACUUCUCUCAUGUUCUGCCAAUCCCCGCGUGCUUUAUAGCUUCACAGCACGUGUUUGCUAUUUCUUCAAUAUCUUGAUUAUCGAUAUUCAGGGACUCGUAACGAGUCCCUCACGAUAUGAAAUCAGGCAUGGGGCUAUAAACUAGUGUUAACUUUGUACCAUACCGAAGAUGUAUAGUAUUUAUAAAAUUUACCCUUUUGUGGAUAUAUAUAGUUUUUGUUAAAACUGAAUAAGCAGCCUAAGCUGUUGGUUAGAGAGAGGUAAAGUUCUUGGUCACUGACUUCUGCAACGCCAAAUACUAUCCAAAAAUGGCCCCAGCAUAUUUAUUGUAAAUAACAAAACAAAAAAUUAA